AUGAGUAUAUCAACAACUUGUGAAUUCGAUCAUUCUAAUAAAAUCUUGCAUCGCAAAUUCAAGAGUUUACAUUUUAAAACUAAGUAAGAUCCUCUUAUUACUGUUAAACCAUUUUAAACUAGAACUCAUGGACAUCAAUUUCAACGCAAUUUCUCUCAUUAUCUAAAAGGAGAUCUAAAUGUUUCUAAUCUUAUAUAAACUUUGAAUUGUCCAAGACUAACUGCAGAGAAUUAACUUCAACGUAAAGAGGAAGGAUCUCUAAAAAUACGUCAGUAAACAGAAUAGAGAAAGAACUAUUUAAAGAGUAAACUUCUAAAAGUUAGAAAUUUAAUCAAAGAGAAAGUGGCCAUUAAGAAACCACAUAAUGAAGAGAUGAGAUAAGGAAAUGCUUAGACAUUGGCUAUUGUUUAGACUAUAUUGGAUAUUGCUAAUUAUAAAGAAAAUACAAUAAGUUACUAAAAGAAAUUGAUGCCUAAAUCAAAGAGUCUAAAAUAAUAUAGACUCAAUUAUGAUAAUGUUGAACCUAUAUGUAAAAUAUAAAGAGAUUUUAUUGAUACUAUCCCUCCUAGAUAAUAUUUGAAAUCUGUAUUGGAGAAUAAUGCCUAAUUGUAUUUGUAGGAAUUGUAAUUAAGAGCAGAAUAACAUGAUAAUAAUAUCAAUAAACUAGUGCGUUUAAGUAUAUAGAAUAAAAGGAAGGAUUUUACAUUGUUUCAUAAAGCAGCUAAGACAGACAGAAAAAAUCAAGAUGGUAUUCUUACAAUAGGUGAUGUGCAACUCUAUGAUUAUCUUUAUAAUAAUUCCAAAGGUGUUAUGAUUGAAAAACAUCCUAAAUAUAUACAAAAUGUAAUUGACUCUGGAGUUGAUUUUCGUAAGAAUUUAACACGAAAACUUCUAAAUACACAACAUAAAAAAACUCAUUACAAUCAAGAUCCUCCUGAAAAUUCUAAUGAUUCUUGUGCUUCUUCUUUAUAAUCAGCUUGUGAAAUUAAAUUGGAUAAUUAUUAUGGAGAAACCAGAGAAUGGAAACGUAAACAAUAUUUAUAAUUACCAAGACGUAUUAAAUAAUUAAUUGCUUUGGAAGAAUUAAAUUAGUAAUUAUUAUUUUAUCAUUUAGGAAAGCCAUUCAUACAACAGUUAAUAAGUUGUAAUCUAAAUCAUGA